AUGGCGCACGGAUAUAUUUCACCAAAGGGAGCAUUGGAAAUGGAGGAUGUUGGCAAUAAUAUAUGUGAUGAGCUAGUUUUGAGAUCCCUUUUGCAAUAUGAUAGUCGAGAUGCAGAUGAAAAGACUUUGAUCAUGCACGAUCUUGUUCGUGAUCUCGCCCAAUCAAUCAUGGAGAACAAAAUUCCCGGAGUACAAGUCCAAAGGGCGAACGUUAGUAGCGCAUCUGAUCAUAGCAAAAUCCGCGAGUUGAACUUGUCUGGAACUCAAAUCCGUACCCUACCCGACUCACUAUGUCGUCUCUGGAAUUUGCAAGUUUUGAAUUUGGAUGACUGCGAAAAGCUCGAGGCUUUACCGAAGAAGACGAGGGACUUGAUCAAUCUCCGUCAUCUAUUUUUGGAAGAUUGUGAAUCGUUAACGGAGAUGCCAUCUAAAAUUGGAGAACUUACUAGCCUAAGAACAUUGAGUCAGUUCAUAGUGGGUCGUAACAGAGGCAAUCGCCUUGAAGAAUUGCAGUGCUUGAAGCUGGGCGGUAAGCUUACUAUUCGGCAUUUGGAGAGAGUUGAAAACCUUAUGGAUGCAAAGAAAGCAAAUCUUGCCGAAAAGGAAAAUCUUCUUCACUUGAAUUUGCAAUGGGAAAGUGACAACGAUGCACCGACGUUGGAGGAAAAAGAGUCGGAAGAAAAAGUGUUUGAAGCACUAGAACCUCACCCGAAUCUUGAAAUUCUAUGGGUAUGGGGAUUCAACGGUAGGCAUUUUCCAGAUUGGAUGUCGAAUUCGACCCUGGAGAAAUUAGUCGAUGUUCAUAUAUCAAGCUGUAAGAACUUUUUGCAUCUUCCGCAGCUGGGAGAGCUACCACAUCUUAAAUACUUGUGGGUAACGACUGCGGAGGAGGUGGAGUACAUUAUCGAGGAUCCAUUAAUAAGUGUACGACAGUUCCCUUCUCUGAAAACACUGUAUCUAUGGUCCCUCCCGAAUCUCAAAGGGUUUUUAAAAGAACAAGUGACGAAUAAAUCAGUCGAAGCAUUCUCAAAUCUGGAGGAGCUACGCAUUGAAGAUUGCUCUUCGUUAAAAGUAGUGCCGUCAUCUCUCAAAAAGCUGAAGAAAUUGAAAUGCACUAGCUCAAAUCUGGCUUUAUUGUCGAACCUGGAAAAUCUUACCAAGCUCGACAUGUACUUUGAGGAGAGUACAAGUGUCGAGACGAAAUACGCUGUUACAACCGAGACACUGCGAAGCCAGACCAAUCUCAAGAUACUGAAUAUUUCCAACGCGGACGAGCUCUCUCUGCCAGAACAAGGGCUAAGAGCACUGAAAUCUCUUACAAAUUUGUAUAUAGUUAAUUGCAAUUCACUGCCUCGAGUUUGGUUCGUUCAUUUCACUGCUCUGGAGGAACUCGGAAUAUAUGGAUGCCCGGAAGUUGUAGAGCUGCCACAGGAGAUUAAAAACCUGAAUAACUGCCUUAAAACUGUCAUCUUAAGCGAUCUUCCGCAUAUGGUGUGUGUACCGAAAGCGUUGCAACACGUCUCGGAUUCGCUUCAAUAUUUGUACCUGUUCGGGCUUCCUCAACUGCGUUCACUGCCGGGCUGGUUGGGCGAUUUGAGAUGCCUUGAAGAUCUAAGUAUUCAUGACUGUUUGAAGAUAGCAUCGAUUCCAGAUAGUAUACGAGGCAUGACGAAGCUCCGGUAUCUGUCAGUGCAGGAAUUCCCGGAAUUGGAAAGGAGAUGUGAGAGAGAAAAGGGGGAGGAUUGGCACAAGAUUGCACACAUUGCACACCUGCAAAUUGGUGAAUGGAUUCCCUAA